ACUAUGUGUUAACUGCCAUAGCCAGACAGUUCCUUAAUACGCAAAUGCAGUGAAGUUAUUCUAAACUUUGCGACUUGAGGAAUCUCAAAAAGCGAUUUCUCUGGAGCUAAAUUGGCCAUGGUCAUAGUCUGUGGUCUUGCUAUAUAUUUACCGUGCUGUGUUUUACUCCCUAUCGGAUCAGUCGAACAGCUCCUUUAUGCAUCUUUCUGAAUUUGGGGGAUAUUGGAGGUGAGACUUGGCAACCAGCAUUAAAUUAGCCGAGUGACCAAACGGCUAGCUAGCUACCUCUCCGUUGUACGUUUGUACGUCCAACAAAAGCCGUCGUCUUGCGAAGAGCCUGACUCCAGAUUAUGUCGGCGAGUGACGACGACUCCGUUGACUUCAACAGAGCAGGCUCCCCGGUUCACCACAGAAAAAAACACAGCAUGGAGUCAUCCAAAUCUCCCAGAAGCUCCAAACACCACCAUUCACGGUCAAGGUCGCGCUCCAGGGACCGAAAACGUGACAGAAAGCACAGGCGAAGUCGCAGCAGGAGCAAAGAGGCACGAAAGAGGGACUCUGAGAAGCCAUCAAAAUCUCACAAAAAACUGGAUGACCAGCACGAGCAGACCGAGCGGGGGAAGGAGAGGCUUUCAGCAGAGAACGGGGAGGAGCGAUAUCGACGCAAAGACAGGAAGCCCUCGAGGGGUCGGAGCUACUCCAGAUCACACUCAAGGGAGAGGCGGCAUCACAGUAGAAGUAGGGACAAACGGCGAUCACGAUCACGCAGCCGGGACAGAAAGAGGAAGGCGAGGUCUCGCUCAGGCUCAAGAACCAAACAUCGGCAUCGGAGCAGAAGCCGCAGUAAGAGCAGGGAGCGAAAGAAGAGGAGCGAGAAAGUGCGCAGAAAGAGUCGAAGCCGAUCUGUCAGUCCAGUUGCCUUCCGGGGCAGAAACACAGCUAUGGAUGCUCAAGAGGCCCUGGCCAGAAGAUUGGAAAGGGCCAAGAAGCUGCAGGAGCAGAAGGAAAAGGAAAUGUUGGAGAAACAGCAGCAGCAACAGCAGGAGAUGGCUGCAGUUGCUGCCCCUCUGCUGUGUGAUACAGUUGCUGCUGCUGCAGCGGCAGCUGCUGCCACCAACCCUGUCCUCAACGUGGCAGCCCUUCUGGCCUCUGGGACGCAGGUCACCCCACAGAUUGCCAUGGCAGCGCAGAUGGCAGCUUUACAAGCCAAAACCUUAGCAGAAACUGGAAUUGCCGUGCCCAGCUACUAUAAUCCCUCCGCUGUCAACCCCAUGAAGUUUGCAGAGCAGGAGAAAAAGAGGAAGAUGCUAUGGCAGGGGAAGAAGGAAGGGGACAAGUCCCAAACAGCUGAAUUGUGGGAAAAACUAAACUUUGGAAACAAGGACCAAAACGUCAAAUUUCGCAAAUUAAUGGGUAUUAAAGCAGAUGAUGAUGGCGAAGCUUCAAAACCACUAAACGAUGAAGGCUUGAAGACUCUUCAGCAGCAGGAGGAGAUGUUUAGGAACCUUGACGUUCAGUAUGAGAUGGCCAGGUCACAGACACACACGCAGAGGGGAAUGGGCCUUGGCUUCUCGUCCUCAUUCUCACGCGGAAUGGAUGCCAUCUAGUGCCAGCCCCUUGCUCUGUCCUGGCCUCUCAACUAAUCAUAUAGAUCUACCAGCUCACCGCUAGCCCUCAAGCUUGCAUGGAUGUUGCUUUGGAUCUUUAAUUUAUUUAGGAACAAAGAUCUCACAUCUUGAACAUUGUAAUGUAAAUAGCCCAGAGCUGAGUUUGUCUCAGUGUUUAUUAAUCUGUACAUCUUUACAAAAUGACACAGUUUAAUGACUGGUUGAUGCUGGUUAAAAGUAGAUAUUUGUUUGAAUAAUGUAAUAGCUUUUUUUUUUUUUUUUUUUUUUUUUUUUUUAACUAAAAUGUUUAUGUGGUUGUUUGAAAUGGAACACGAUGUAGGUUAAGUGAAUAAUUGUCUAUAUUCUUUUACCAAAAGGCAUCGGAGCUUUAUCUGAAAUCAAAGUAGCAUUAUUAGAAUCCCAGUUUAAGUUCUUGAAUGAAAAAACAAACAAA